UGCAUCGAAGGGAGUAGAGUGACACAAAUUGAGUGGCGUGGGGUAAUGAGGAGUGAUUCGAGUGCAUGGUGGGCGUAUGUCCUAUUGCGAGACUCAGGCUCCUAUAGAGUGAGGAGACUGACAGAGCCUAGGGAGAUUGCGCUGGGUUUCGACGUACCUCUUCCUGCGCGAUUGGAGGAUAGUCAUAGGGUGCCGCUCGGGUACGUCGGAACGUGGAUAGCUGAAGGAGUGUUUCUCUGGACGGUAGUCGUAGAAGAAAAGGAACCGGGAAGUGGAAGGCAGGUGGAGCUGAUAGGGCAUCUUAUCUUUGAUCGAACGCUAAAGGUCGAAAUAGGACUGACGCUGGUCGGUAUCGAAAGAAGUCUAUGGAGAUACGAGGCGUUGGCCAGAGCAGUACUAGAUAGGAAGGCGGGAUCGUUAGGUGGAGAUAGUCAACCGAGGGUGCGUAUCGUGUUCGGAUCGCCAACGCGGGAUCUUCACCCUGUACAGGGUUGGAGGUGGGCGCUUCUGCUGUUCGUGAUAGACCAGGUAUACGGAGGGGUUAAGAGUCUAACACGAGCAGUCAGACAUACGCACCUUGCCCUUGGACUGGGGUUGGCACCAAGGUUCAAGGAGACCUACUUUGUCGUCAGUCUAUGGUGGAGGCGCUUUGACGACGAGGAGUUGAGAGGUCUCAUAGACGCGACGUGCUGGGUUGACUGUCUGAGACCGGUCGACGUGGUCGACUACUGCAAGAGGCGUGUGGAGGAGAGGUACGUUCGGUUAGAGGACUUGAGGCACUUAUUCACGGAGGCGGAGGAAUGGCAGAGCGAUCAUCGGCUGGAGUCGAGGAAUUCCAAUCCUUGGAGGAGUGUAGGGGAUAGGAACCCCCGCACGCUCGCAGACUAUCGAGCUCGUGAGAGGGCCGAAGAUGAACCCUGGAGGCGGAGAGAUGAUGAGAUCGAUAGAGAUCGUCGCACUGACCGAUAUCGCCAGGAGGAUGGGUAUUACAGAGGUGGACGAUUCGAGCAGUACCCAUGGAGCCCUAGGUACGACCGGAAUCCUGAUGGUUUCCGGAGCCCUCGGAACUUUACGCACAGGGGUGGAGGAGAUUCCCGCAGACACUGGGAACCUAAUGGGGAUCGCAGAGACAGAUAUCGUGGAGGAUAUGAUAGGGCGGAUAGAGGAAGAGACACACGUGCCGACUCCAGAGGAGACAUGCGUGAUGAUUCUCGAGGGGAUCGGCGAGACGAUUCCUGUGGGCGAUAUGACCGAGGAGGAUAUCCUGCAUUGUCAGGGUAUCCAAAGUCAACCAUUUAUCCAAGGUCACCAGGACUAUCCAACCAAAGUGCCAGAGCACCGAGAGGACCACCGCCAAGAGCCGGAAAGGACAGGCCACCUACCCCGAGGAGUACUUGCGUCUACUGCAAGGCGGAUGACCAUGUCAAAAGGGACUGCCCCGACCUCAAGCGGGCAAUAGACGAUGGGAUCGUAGUGCUUGACGACCGAAAGUACGUCAAGUGGACGGAUGACCUAGGAGAUGUCUCAAUGUUUCCUUCGAUGAAGGAAAACGUCGACGCCAGACGAGUACGCCCCAGCAAAGGGAAGGAAGUAGCAAGGAGUCGGAGCAUCAUGAUACUGAUGUCGUCGGACGAGGACGCGCCUACAACGCCUAUCCGAGUUGCGGCAACGAAAUCCGCCAGACCAUCAUCAUCAAAGAAGGCGGACACCGAUUAUGUGAUGGCAGAAAAGGAUGGACAGAGGAUCGAUGAAGAGGAAGUAAUACUGUCACCACGGAAGCGCGAAGCUCGCAAGUUCACGAUAAAGAGCUCAUUGGAUGGUAUUGAUACAGUGGAGCCUCUCAGACGCGUGCUUAGACAACCCAUGCAGUGCUCGAUACUCGAGUACUUGACGGCCUCCAGACCUGCGCGAGACGAACUACAGAUGAUCACGAGGAAGACACGUAUUCCUCUCGGGGAUGAGGCACAGGUGGCACUGAAACCGGAGGCCCCAACUGUGGAAGUUUCCAGUGUGACCGCCAAGGCAGACCGUGCGGCGACGGUGUUCCUUGAUGGUAAGGAAGGGAUACCUCCCGACAAGUUUUAUAUCCUAGGGAGCGAGACGGUCGAGGUCAUUCUUAACGAUGAGGAGACCCUUGAAAGGGUGAUCGACAAUGAAAGUGAGGCUGUUAUUAUAGAGGAGGGCCUCGCUGUACUGCUAGGGCUCGACUUAGACAGAUCCUACUAUUUCGAGAUCGAGACUGCAGCGGGAAAGAAGCAGAAAGUCAACGGUGUUUGUUACAAGGCGGCGAUAGAGGUCGAAGGAUUGCGCUUUCGGAUGCAAGUGUUUGCUGUCAAGGGCUGCAGUUCAGAGCUACUCUUAGGACGCACCUGGCUGAGUCACGUUCAUGCUGUCACGAUAGAGCGACCAGACGAGAGCCAGAUGCUAUCGAUUAAACGAUCGGAUGGUGGUCGGAUUAUGAUAGAGACAGUCGAGCCUCGCGAUCCAAGGAACAGAGCAGCUUUAGCCGCCAAAGGAGAGCCUGACAGGAUUGCCCUCGGAAGUCGUUCUUUCCAGUUCCGUGAGAAGAAAUACGGACUGCUACUGACCGAGGAAGAAGGGCGUAUCGUCGAGAUCGAGGAUCUGGGCAGCCGUAUCCUCGUGAAUGAGAACUCCUAUCCGAAGGACGAAGAUAAGGAAUUCGGAGGGAUGAUCUCCGUGUCUUUUUUGAGGGACCAACUUCCUACGGGGGGCAGCCUAAGAGACACAAGACAGUAGCUCGGAAAGUCAAGCCUGCAGCGGUAGCUCGGGAGCGAUCUGCGCAAGAUGGGAUA